AGUUGGAACCACUUGGUCAAGCCAGCCAUCAUGGAUCACAAGCAAGAGGGGACAAUGUCAGAAGGUGCAAUUUUUCGCACCGCAUUCUUCUACGUCUUCCUGAUCCUGUUUGUGCCAGUGGCGGCGUUCUUCGCGUCGCGGACCGUUCUCUUCGAAGCUAUGCUCGGCCUGGACACGUCCACGAGCACGCUGUACGCCGCCGUGGUGACUGUGAUCGUGAUUCACGCCGUGCUCGGCCUGUACGUGACCCGGGCGUUCAGCGAGGCCGAGAAGGUUGGCAAGAAGGACUAGCGCACCCUCACGCGCAGGCGGUGCGGACGGCGGGUGGCACGCGGGCAUUCUGACGGCGGUCUACGGGGGAGGUCGCGAGAAGUGCUUGAGUGGACGGUCCGCCAGCCAUACCCGAGCAUAUUGCUGGCGUGGCGUCACCAUGUUCAGCAUCGUGGACUGGGAGAUGCACGCCUGGAUGUUGGCGCGCAAGCGAACACAUGAGCAAUGUUUUCCGUGCGUUGUUUACCCUUUUUGAUUAGCGACACUAAUUUGUCCGUAAUGUAUUGCCUGCUGUGAUUGCAGAGCUGAUUAUCCAGCUGAUCUGUUUUGCUCCGCUGAUUUUAAAGCUCGUCCUGCAGCCUUGCGCAUCGCGGCGCGGUGAAAGGACUAGCAUAAUGGAAAACUGAAAACAUGCGCCGCUGUCAACUUUGCACUCGGAACGAACCCGGGAUUCCUAUGCAUUGUCAAGGUUUCUCAACGGCCACAAAGAAAGUAAUAUGAAACCUUUUUUCGUCGAAAUCCUCCGGGCAGCAAUCAAAUAACAUUUGUACCUUAUCAUUUUGUUACCUGUGCGGUUUUUUGUGUGUCACGAUUGUGGGUUGUGUCAGAUGCGAAUGUAUUAAUGAACUAUGUACCUUGAAAUGGUGAACUUUGCGUAGUGGGCUAGUUAUCGUGGACUACCGCUGUAUGAGAACAUGAACGCAGUCAUUUUCUGUGGGGUUGUGAUGCUGCUCAUGUAAACGCGGGAGCUUUUGCUGUGUCCAAACGCGCAUUAUUUGCGCAACAUUGAACCAUCAAUGUUGUCUGCUGGUCAUGAUGCCUUGCUUACCAAGCACCAUCAGCAAGGCUUUCUCGGACCGAGCGCGUCGGAAGCCGGACACCAGAAGAGGCACUGGCAAAGUCGUGAUAUAAAUCAUAGUGACCUGGCGAUAAUGAUGUACCAGUCACGCUAUGAAUGGAUGAGAAAAUUGCGAUCCACACUUGUCCUGUCGGCCUGUACUCUAUCGCCUGUGACGGGAAGUGUAAGAUUCACCCUCGGAAAACGAUAUAUGGGGUGGAUGCUGUGACAAGUUAUUGGAACAUGGAGGCAUGCAGAGAACGCGGGCGACUGUUUUAAAAAUUUGCUUCUUGAAGAAAUACCACUACAUUAUU